AUGGAUCACUACAAGAACGACAGCGAUCUCCAUGACAUCUCGGACGAGAAGCCCGUCGGCGCUCAGCUCGAGCAGGCCCAGAUGCUCGCCGACCUGCCGGAUCCCGACGCCGGCAAGUCAGACGAGGAGCGUGCCGCCAUCGACAAGAAGCUCAUGUGGAGGGUCGACCUCUUCCUGGUGCCCUGGCUCUCUCUUCUUUACCUGCUCUCGUUCCUCGACCGCACCAACAUUGGAAACGCCCGUCUCGCCGGCAUGGAGGAGGACCUCGGCAUGACAGGCACCAGCGACUACAACCUCUCGCUCACCAUCUUCUUCAUCAGCUACGCCGUCUUCGAGCCCGCCACCAACGCCCUGCUCAAGCGCCUGACGCCGCGCCUCUUCUUCACCGGCAUCAUCAUCGCCUGGGGCUCCAUCAUGACGCUCAUGGGCCUCUGCACCAACUUCCCCGGCCUGCUCGCCGCCCGCUGGUUCCUCGGCAUCGCCGAGGCCGGCCUCUUCCCCGGCGUCAACUACUACCUCUCGUGCUGGUACAAGGGCUCCGAGAUCGGUGUCCGCUCCGCCGUCUUCUUCUCCGCCGCCGCCCUCGCCGGCUCCUUCGGCGGCCUGCUCGCCGCCGCCAUCGCCACGAUGGACGGCAUCGGCGGCAAGCCCGGUUGGGCCUGGAUUUUCAUCAUCGAGGGCCUGGCCACCGUCUUCGUCGGCAUCUUCUGCUGGUGGAUGGUCUUCGACUGGCCCGAGAACGCCCGCUUCCUCACCCCGGACGACCGCAUCCGCGUCCAGCGCCGCCUCAUCGCCGGCAAGCAGGGCCGCACCGCCGAGGACUUUGACAAGCGCCACAUCUACGCCGCCCUCAAGGACUGGAAGACGUACGGCUACAUGACCAUCUACAUGGGCUGCCUCGUGCCCCUGUACGCCUUCUCGCUCUUCCUGCCCACCAUCCUGCGCGGCAUGGGCCACACCGGCACCAAGGCCCAGCUGCUCUCCGUGCCCCCCUACGCCGUCGCCGCCGCCCUGACCGUCGCCGUCGGCGUCGUCGCGGACCGCACCCGCUGGCGCGGCUACUGCAACGUCGCCACCGUCGUCAUCGGCAUCGUCGGCUUCGUCCUCCUCAUCGUCUCGAGCGACCCGCAGAUCCAGUACGCCGGCACCUUCCUCGGCGCCGCCGGCAUCUACCCGACCAUCUCCAACACGCUCUCCUGGGUCAUCAACAACACCGAGGGCUCCCUCAAGCGCGCCGUCGUGCUCGGCAUGGUCGUCGGCUGGGGCAACCUCAACGGCGUCGUCUCGUCCAACAUCUACCUCAAGAACGAGGCGCCCCGGUACUUCACCGGCCACGGCGUCGUCCUCGGCUACCAGGUCCUCUUCCUGCUCGGCGGCUCCAUCUUCAUGCACUUCGCCCUCCGCAUCUCCAACAAGAACCGCAGGGACGGCAAGAUGGACGCCAAGUGGGCCGCCAUGACCGACGAUCAGAAGUGGGUGGCCGGUGAUAAGCGCCCGGACUUCCUCUACACUCUCUAG